GCAGAAGCAGGUAGCAAUGCACUUUCCGACUUGCUCGCCAGGGCCCAGCCACCCCGUAGCGUCCAUGAAGCUGCUCCUUCUUGCCUGCACCGCGCUGCCGUGCCUCCUGGUGCUCGCCAAAGACAACGGUCCUGCGUUCCAAGAGGCCAAGACCGACGAGGUGCUCAAGAGCGUCAUUGAUGUCGCCCUCGGCAAGGAGGCCAACGACGGCGACAAUACAAUCGGCUUUGUGCUCAGCCCCGAGCAGAUCGACCGGAUCCAAGACGUGCUCGGUGUCGUCAUGACCGAGAGCGACGCGCCGGACGGCGGUGUCAAGCGCCAGUUUGACAACUCGGCCGUCAAGCACCGCGCGUUUCCCGGUGACCUGCGCGGCCUUGGCGCAAUCGACGACAUGAUGAAGGGCCAGCUCGAGUCGCUCAUCAAGGUCGCGGGCGUCGAGCUGCCGACCGACCUUGAUGCGCGCAUCGACAAUGACAAGAUCGACGAUCUUCUCUCGUGGUACAACAUGAGCUGGCUCGCGUUCAAUCUGAGCAUGGCGUACGUCUUUGGCGACGGCAUUCUCGGCGGCGUCGUCGUCGCGAGUUUACUCCUGACGCUCUUUUUCGGUCUGCCGUGGGCUCUCCGGAAGCGAAGGGAACGCGCCAUGACGCGCUGGCUCACGGCGUUUUACAUGGAGCACGCGCCCGACUCGGUGCUCCGCAUCCCCAAGGCCGUCGAAGCCUACAUGCAGCUACCGCGUGGCUUUGACCGCAUGAAGGCCGACGUCAUCGAAAAGUACAUAACCAACGCCGGCGAGUCCAAGAAAACCAAGUAAAUUCGUCAACUCUGCGUGAGAAUUUAUACAAUUUUCGAUACACUGCAUUGACCCACUGGA